UCUUAGGUAGCUAGCUAGUAUGCUAGUUGAGGCUUUCAUCGCAAGUAAGAAAGAAACUGCAUGUUUCGUGUCGUUUUGUGUUUUUUUUCCCCUUCUCUUAAAUAUAAAUCAUAUUUUUGUUAUUUGUUGGGAUAUUUGGCAUGUAGAAGAGUCUACAAAGACACAUUAUUAUUAUGGCUGAAGCAAAUCUCCCUUCAGACCAAGCUGCUGUGUGUAGCAGUUCCAGUUACAUUCAAGUGGAGACCACUGAAAGCCCAGAACACAGUACAAGUGACAGUACGAGCUCUGGUAAUAGCACUGGAACUGCAGGUCGGAAUUUGAAGGAAUGGCUUCGAGAGCAGUUCUGUGACAAUCCUAUCGAGCAGUGUGAGGACACGAGACUCCAUGAUGCUGCUUAUGUUGGAGACCUGGACACCCUUCGCAGUUUGUUGCAAGAAGAAAAUUUUAAGAGACGUAUCAAUGAAAAGUCAGUCUGGUGCUGUGGGUGGUUACCUUGCACACCAUUGCGGAUUGCAGCCACUGCAGGGCAUGGAGACUGUGUGAAUUUCUUGAUCCAGAAAGGUGCAGAUGUGGAUUUGGUAGAUGUGAAAGGACAGACAGCCCUCUAUGUAGCUGUAGUAAAUGGGCACUUGGACUGUGUACAUAUUCUCCUCGAAGCAGGAGCAGACCCCAGUGGAAGCAGACAUCAUCGGAGCACACCCGUGUACCACAGCUGUCGAGUUGGGAGAGCUGACAUCCUCAAAGAACUUAUCAAGUACAAUGCAGAUGUGGAUGUUGACCACCAGUUAUCUUCCCGCAUUCCUACUCCUGUUUCACGGCGACUUACUUCUCUUGUAGUUUGCCCCUUGUACAUUAGUGCUGCCUAUCACAACUUAGAAUGUUUCCAGCUCUUACUUCAGGCUGGAGCUAACCCUGACUACAACUGCUGGAGCCCUGUCAAUGUUGAUGAUUUUGCAAGGGGGUCCCCUACAUGUGUGUUGGAUGCUGUUCUGCGGCAUGGAUGUGAAGCUGAGUUUGUAAAUCUACUUGUGGACUUUGGGGCUAACUUGAGCUUAGUGAAAUGGGACACACUUGAAGCAGAUACCAUGGGGCGUGUCCGAGUCAACCCAGAAGCACUGCAAGCUUUCAGAAAAGCUAAAAGUACUUCCAGAUGUUUGACGUCCUUGUGCAGAAUAGCUAUCAGGAGAGCACUUGGCAAACAUCGUCUUCAUUUGAUCCAUGCUCUCCCAGUUCCUGACACUGUCAAAGCAUUUCUGCUUCACAUGUAACACAAUUAGAUUCAAAAACGUACUUCAUUAUGUUUAUUCCAUAAUAUCCUGGUAAAAUAUCAGUAAAAUAUUUAUGAAUGAUGAAAUUAUAAACAACAUAUUUAUAAAGUCCCAGUAGUACAUGUAGAUCUUCACAGAUAUCAACGGUUCUCGGUGGAUGAGGAAUGGUUGUACUGUUAAUGACUAUGCUAAAACAUAUUUUGCUCAUGCACAGUUCUGACAAAGGUCUGCCUAAUGUGAUCAAGUGUAAACCUGUGCAUCUCAAUUUCAUUGUUAAUGGCCUACAGAAUCGUUAUUUAUUUAUAUAUUUAUUUAUUUGAGGGAGACUGCUAGAAAGUUCUUCAUGUUUUAAUAGUCACAUAGCCAUUUAGGAAGAAACAGAUUGUGCUGCCCUGCCUGAUGCCUUUUUAGUAAGUUUUAUACAAGUGUCUGAACUGCUACUGAUUACCUUGUUCUAUGUUUUAAAGUACUCAUAAUUAAAUCCACUGAUGACUAUGGUCCAGUGUUCAGAACCAAGACAGCAAUGUUGACAGAAGCAGCUGCAGGAGGAACUGAGGUAAUUUUAACAAGUCACUUUGCCUCAAAAUGCCAUUCAUUCUGGCAGUACAAUUCUUUCCUUUGCCAUUUGUGGUAGGCAUUAACAGUUCUGCUGAUGAAAUGUACCCUGCUGAAGUAACAGUUGUGCCACUGAGCUGUAUUUUUGAAAAGAGCUCAGUUUUAUUUGAUCUACAAGUUAUUGUCAAUGUAUCUGCAUUUAUUGGCAGGGAAGGGCAGACAUCAGAGCUCCUUUCAGUGAGCUCUUAUGGAUUGAGAAAUUGCAUUUCUUCUGAUCUUUUUGUUGACAUUAUAAACAUGCCCACAUGUACUUCAUUGCUGGUGAAAAAAAUAAUUUCUAAAGAUGUACUUUUAGGAAUGGUAUCCAUAUUAGAAGAUGGAAAAUGCUUGCAUUUAGCUGUUUGAUAGUACUAGCUGAAGAUGGGAUGCUACAAGUGAUGCUUUGCUUGUCAGUGCUGUGUACCAAAAUACCAUUUCUCAUAGGAAUGAUUUGUCAGACUGUCCACAUUACAUGGUACACAGUAGUAAGUUACUGAUGUAGACAAGAACUCAGAAGAAUUUAAACUCUUGUUUUCAGUACUUCAGAGCAUGCUGCAUUACCUUACAGUACUGCAAAACUUGGCUUCAUCCCAGGGAACUUCGCUGGUGCCAUGCAACAAAACAUGUUGCAUUCAUAGUUUGGUAGGUGUCACAAUUUGUCAGUUUGAUAUCCAUACUCUGUAAUUCAGGAUAACCUUGUUAAAUAUUUGCCUUAUGUUGUACCUGUACCUAUAAGUAUAAUCAACUGCUUAGUUCUGUGAUACAAGCACCUGUGCAUCACUGCAUCCUCCUUCCAGUUAAAAGUGUGCCUGUGCAAAUUUGUUGUGGUUAUUCAGCUGUCAAAUAUUAAAUGCAUAUACAGGUGUAAGCUAGCAAAACUUGCCGUAUGUGCCUUUACCACACACUUCCCAUUUGAUGAGGAGGUGUAUUUCCUCAUAUUUCCCUUGAAUGUUGCUCUUUUUAAAGUAUUCUGUGAGUGCUGUUGUUUUACUGUAACACUGAAGUCCCAGCUUCACAUUUAGCCUCUAUGGACUGAACCCUGUGGUUCAAAUAUAUGCUGUCUAAAGCUAAGUAUAAGAUCUUUGCUAGUAAUAUCAUAUACAAAAUAUAUGUUGCUUUAUGAUGCAAGUAUUUUAUGUAUUUUAAGAUCAAGAUGGUCAAUGCUUCUGGUAGAAACUGCUGUUGUGUGGACAGUAAAAGCAAGUGGUAACAGCUCUAAUGCUCAAACCAUGUUAGUGUAUAACUUUGAAGCAAUUAAACAGGUGGCUAAAGGAUGCAUUGGGCAGUCUUAUUUCUGCUAUAAAUGAAAACAUAUAAAAAAAAAACGUUACAUAAUCCUUAUUUUCAACUAUUUCAAUAUUUGAUAGACAUAGGGGGAUGGAGUUUUGGAUGCAGAGGAAGAUCUGAGGUAAGUAUGACUGGACAUCCCAGGGGAUGACUGUUAACGCUCUAAGGUCAGAUUAGGCUGGUGGAGCCAAGGAUGGUUUAAGUCAAGUUAUAAAAAGUGUCAGUCAUGCUUUCUGCAACAACAUUUUGUUGUUUAUUGCAUGCAUCUUUUCUUUACUAAUAUCCAGUGAAUACUGCAGAGCUUUUACACAUUUGGGUAAUCUGCUGCAUUCUCUUCAUUAGCUCUUCAUUUUAAAGGUAACGUUUCUUGAGUUAAUGGCUUGUUUCUGAUAACUGUUAACAGAAUUUAUUUUAAAGAUGGAUGUUGCCAUUUCAUGUACAGAAAGUCUGAAAAGCUGUUUUUAUGGUGAACUUUUUACCUUUCAAAAAUGCUUCUCCAUUUUAGAUAUGUAACAUCAACAGCAAUUACCCUAAAUGAAAAUAAAAUGUAGCUAACUCUGAA